AGCAGUUAAUAUACAAAAUCGCUCGGUUGUUUCGUCUCGUUGUGCGCGAUAUUAUAAACUGUUUGUUAACGACGGACAAAUACAGCCGUUAAAAUAUUUUAUCUUCAUACGAUAGGAAAUACUGUGUUUGUCGUUUGGAAGUUGGAAUUUGACACUAUGAAUUCAGAGGACCUUCAUGCAGAAUGUACUAAUCACAGUGGUGACGGUGAGACCCUGACGAGGAAACAGACGUACAGUGCUCUUUGCAUGUGUGGGAAAAACCCUAUGGCCGUGCAAAUCGCCGCUUUCUUCCAAGGCGAAGGAAUUGAAGAUGAGGAUGGAACCAUAACGUUCGAACAGUUUGAAACGCUCUACAACAGUAUUGAGGAACCAACUGUAGCAGCGUUAGAAGAAGCGUUCAAAACGUUUGACAAAGAUGACAGUGGAACGAUAGACAAAGAAGAACUAAAAGAAAUAUUGCAGCGUAGACUUGACACGACUGGUAUAGAAACGGAUCUAGAUGAUGAAUCAGUGGAUGCAAUAUUAAAUGCUAUAGAUACCAAUGAAGACGGGACUUUAAGUUACAAUGAACUUGCGACAUAUCUAAAUACGCAUGGACAUUUGCAAGCACAGGAUCAAGAAUAAGAAAAGGAUUAACACUGUGGUUCAAUAUAGACAGUUCGAGGACAUUCUUUUAACAUGGACAUGAAUGAUAGAGACAGCAGAUUACAAUUUGCAUGCGUUAAUAUUCUUACUGUUUUUAUCAAAAGUAUAUAUUGUAUUUAUUUCUGUUGGUCCGUUUUAGAAACAACUAUUGCCAGAGAAACGAGGAGCUUUUAGCGGGUUGUCUUCUUCAUUAUAAUAAAACUUAUGUCACGUCGCCAUUCUUGGGACAGAAAAAUACUGAACGCAUUUGUUAUCAAUUUUCCAUUUACGUAGACAUUAUUUAUUAUUUGACUCAAAACAAUGCGAUAUUUAUAUAAUUUUAAUCUUUAAAAAUGAUUUUCAAACACAUGUCAACAAAGUUUCAUUUUUUGUCUCUUAUGUGAUAUUUGUAACGAGGUUUUCUACCGGUGAUUCUUUUAUAAUUUUCUCUGCGGACUUAUAGGUUGAAUUCUGUAGAUGUUUUGUGCCGAUUAUGAGUCGUGUCAGUCUUUUGUCGGUUCGACGGUCUGUCUGUCAAUGUGAUUGUAGUACUAGUAUAUGUUUGUCCAAUUCUUAGCGUGCUUCCUACAAUAAAACUCGUACAUGUCA